AUGGCAUCGGAUGGUCAUUUGUGCUACCUGAACCGUGAUGUUCGGUUUUUGAGCAAAGUGGAUGCCGACUGGGCGCGGGACCUGCUUCCUCCCCAACGUUUGCCAAUUCCGCCCGAGCUGGAGGUGCCUGUUUUGCCGCAGGAAGGCCAAGGCCCCCGUGCCCCACCACUGACUCUGGAUUGUGUCUGCCAUGUAUUACGUCUUGGUGCAGAUAAGGAGGAUGAGAAUGAAGAGGACAAAUGGCAUGACAACGGUAUCGAUCGACUCGUUAACUUUGAAGAUACCGCUUCCGCAGUGUCCUCGUAA